AUGUUUAAAAAGCCCAAAGACACCCUAAUAGUUCGAGCACGACUUCGCACUUUUAGGGAUAACGAUAAUAUCGAAAGAGGUCAAGAACUGACGCCGGAAAUCGAGAGAGCAAUCACACAAUCUAGGGCUUCCAUAAUUGUAUUGUCGGAGAGAGAUAUGCGAAUUCCAGAUGUUGCCUUGACGAGCUUCUGCCGAUCCUUGAGCAAAGAUGUCAGGAACCACAGACGAAAUUUUGAGAUAGAAGUUGACAAAGGGUCACAACGGACAGAGUAUAAAGUCAAUCGAUGGAAGGGAGCCCUUACAGAAGUUGCUGAUUUGAUCGGAAUGAUUGCUUCUGGGUCUGAAGACUCUGAAGUAGACUUUAUUGCAAAAAUUGCUGAUAUAGUUAAUUAUAAACUAGAUAUGAAACUAGCUACUCCAGCUAAUCUAAUAGGAAUGGAUUCUUGA